AUGGAUUUAGAAUUAGAACCUACAUUAGAAUCUAUCGUUCAGCACGACUCGUUGAAGUGGAUUUUUGUCGGUGGUAAAGGUGGUGUUGGUAAAACGACCACCUCAUCAUCAGUUGCAGUGCAAUUAGCAUUAGCCCAACCAAAUGAACAAUUUUUACUUAUUUCAACAGAUCCAGCACACAACUUGUCUGAUGCAUUUUGCCAAAAGUUUGGUAAGGAUGCCAGAAAGGUUGAAGGGUUACCAAAUUUGUCGUGUAUGGAAAUCGACCCAGAAGCAGCAAUGUCUGAUUUACAACAACAAGCAUCACAAUAUAACAACGAUCCAAAUGACCCAUUGAAGAGUAUGAUGAGCGAUAUGACUGGAUCUAUUCCAGGUAUUGACGAAGCUUUGUCGUUCAUGGAAGUUUUGAAGCAUAUCAAAAAUCAGAAGGUACUCGAAGGAGAAGAUAACUCGAACGCUAUUUCCUACAAGACCAUUAUCUUCGAUACGGCCCCUACUGGUCACACAUUGCGUUUCUUACAGUUGCCAUCUACGUUAGAGAAGUUAUUGUCCAAAUUUAAGGACUUGUCUGGUAAGUUGGGACCUAUGUUGAGCAUGAUGGGCGGUGGCCAACAACAAGACAUCUUUGAGAAGUUGAAUGAAGUGCAAAAGAACGUGAGCGAAGUCAACGAACAGUUUACCAACCCUGAAUUGACUACAUUUAUCUGUGUGUGUAUUUCUGAAUUUUUGUCAUUAUACGAGACCGAAAGAAUGAUCCAAGAAUUGAUGUCCUACAACAUGGAUGUCAACUCGAUUGUCGUUAACCAGUUAUUGUUUGCAGAAGGUGAUGACCACUCUUGUAAGAGAUGUGAAUCCAGAUGGAAGAUGCAAAAGAAAUACUUGGACCAAAUGGGCGAAUUGUACGAGGAUUACCAUUUGGUUAAGAUGCCAUUACUCGGUUGUGAAAUCAGAGGGGUAGAGAACUUGAAGAAAUUUUCCAAGUUCUUGUUGAAACCAUACGAUCCAAAGGCUGAUAGUGACAUUGUUUUCGAUUUAGAAGAAAAAUAA